AUGUCCUCUUCAGAGGAUGAGGAUUUCCAGUCCUCUUCUCCCUCACGGUCUCCUCCUCGUUCGACACCGGAGAAUGGGAAGAAAUCUGGAGGCGGGAAGCCUAAGACCAUUGAACAGCGUUACCAGAAGAAAUCGCAGUUGGAGCACAUUCUUCUGAGACCCGACACGUACAUUGGCAGUACGGAGAUGCAUACACAGUCGCUGUGGGUGAUGGAAGAAGGACAAGAGUGCAUGGUCUACAAGACAAUCAACUACGUCCCUGGCCUCUACAAAAUCGUUGAUGAAAUUCUGGUGAACGCAGCAGACGUGAAGGCUCGCGAAGGCGAAGAGAAAAAGGGAAAGCCGCUGAAGCCGGGCGCCCGCCGCAUGUCAGCCAUUAAAAUCGACAUCAACAAAUCGGCAGGUCGCAUAACCAUUUGGAACGAUGGUGAAGGGAUUCCUGUCGCGAUUCACCAAGAACACAAGGUGUAUGUGCCCGAAAUGAUUUUUGGACAGCUGCUGACGAGUGACAACUACGACGACAGCGAGUGCCGUGUCACAGGAGGACGAAAUGGAUACGGCGCCAAGUUGACGAACAUCUUCAGUAGCGAGUUCACAGUCGAAUGCGCAGACGGCGAGAGGAAGAAGAAAUUUAAGAUGACUUGGACGCGCAACAUGGGUCAGAAAACCGAGCCGGAAAUCUCCUCCUAUAAUGGGACAGACUACGUGAAGAUUUCAUUCGUUCCCGACUUCGCCAAGUUCGGCAUGAGGGGGUUCGACGACGAUUCGCUCUCUCUGCUGCGGAAACGUGCGUACGACUUGGCUGGGACGGCGGGGGUGAGAGUGUUCUUGAACGGGACGCGAAUCGACGUCAGCUCGUUCAGCCAGUACGUGGAUUUGUAUCUCGGCGGGCGGAAGAGCGAGAAGCCGCGCAAGGAGAAGGACGAGGACGACGCAGGCGACGAUUCUGACGACGACUGGGACGAAGGGCCGAAACGCAAGAAGGGGGCGAAGAAGCGGAAGAAAGACGGCCAGGACGACGAGGAGACCGAGAACGGCGUCGAAACGAAAGUCAUCAAAAUCCACGAAAAACAAUGGAGAUGGGAAAUCGUAAUCUCCUCUACCGAUGGCGGGCAGUUUCAACAGGUCUCCUUCGUCAACAGCAUUUGCACGACAAAGGGCGGCUCGCACGUCACGCAUGUUCUCGAGCCUCUCCUCGCGGCCAUUGUGAAGAAAGCAAACACAAAAAACAAAGGCGGCAUGGAAAUCAAAGCUGCUCAUGUCAAGCAGCAUCUUUGGAUCUUCGUCUCCUGUCUGAUUGUCAAUCCGGCGUUCGAUUCGCAAACGAAGGAAACGCUGACGACGAAGCCUGCCAAGUUUGGCAGCAAGUGCACGCUAGCUGACAAAACCAUCGGCGCGGUUGUGAAGUCGUCCAUCGUGGAGAACGUCGUUCUCUGGGCCCAGACGAAGCAGCAGGUGGAGCUGCGGAAACAGAUGAAAGUGGGCAAGACGAAAGGCCGCGAGCGACUUUCUGGCAUCCCGAAACUGGAAGACGCGAACGACGCGGGAGGACGACAUUCGCAGGAAUGCACGCUGAUUCUCACGGAAGGAGACAGUGCCAAGACGUCUUGUCUUGCUGGACUUUCCGUCGUCGGCAGAGACCGCUACGGCGUCUUCCCUUUGAGGGGUAAACUUCUGAACGUGCGCGAUGCGUCGUUCAAACAGUUGACGGAGAACAAAGAAAUCCAAAACAUCUUGAAGAUAGUCGGCCUCCAAGUGAACGACAGAACCGAGGACGCUCGCGGCCUGCGGUACGGCUCCGUGAUGAUCAUGACCGAUCAAGACCACGACGGAUCUCACAUCAAGGGGUUGUUGAUCAACAUGAUGCAUCACUACUGGCCGCAGCUUCUCAAGUGCCGAGGCUUUCUCAAGGCGUUCCUCACUCCCAUUGUCAAAGUUUCCAAGAACAACGUCGAGAAGGCGUUCUACACCAUCCCCGAGUACGAGCAGUGGAAGCGGUCUUGCAACACUACAGGCUGGAGAAUCAAAUACUACAAGGGUUUGGGAACGUCGACGGAUCGCGAGUUCAAGGAGUAUUUCAACGACCUGUCGAAGCACCAGAUCGAUUUCGUUUGGUCCGGUCAACACGAUGGAGAGUUGAUUGACAUGGCUUUCAACAAACGGCGGGCUGAAGACCGCAAGCGCUGGCUGCAGAGCUACCAAGAAGGCACCUUCGUCGAUCACAAUGCCUCCAGCUUGUCCUACGCCGAUUUCGUCAACAAGGAAUUGAUUCUCUUCUCCAGAUACGACACAGAACGCUCCAUUCCACAGCUGGUCGACGGCUGGAAGCCUGGGCAGCGCAAAGUUUUGUUUGCAUGCAUCAAGAAGAACAUGAAGCACGAGAUCAAAGUGGCGCAGCUGGCAGGUUACGUCGCUGAAGUCAGUGCCUAUCACCACGGAGAAGCGAGUCUGCAACAGACGAUUGUGACCAUGGCACAGCGCUUCGUCGGCAGCAACAACCUCAACUUUCUGGAGCCUGUCGGUCAGUUUGGGUCGAGGAAAGAAGGUGGAAAAGACGCUUCGGCUGCUCGUUACAUCUUCACUCGCCUCGCCUUCUACACACGCCUGGUUUUCCACGAAGCUGACGAUCCGAUUCUCGAGUACGAAUACGAAGAGGGCCAGAGAAUCGAGCCCAAGAUGUAUGUCCCCGUCAUCCCCACCGUCCUCAUCAACGGUAGCGAAGGCAUCGGAACGGGCUGGUCUUCCUUCGUCCCAAACUACAACCCCAGAGACGUCAUCGAAAACCUGAGAAGAUACAUCGACGGCGAGGAGAUGCAGCGAAUGACUCCUUGGUACCGAGGCUUCCGAGGCAAAAUUGAGGAGAAUUCAGCAGGCACUGGAUUCGAGACGAGCGGCCUCGUCGAAAAAUGCGGAGAAGGCGCGUUCGAAAUUACGGAACUGCCCAUCAAAAAGUGGACUCAGGACUACAAAGAGUGGCUAGAGGAGAAUCUCCCGACAGCGGAGAAGCGGGACACGUUGAUUGCCGACUAUCGAGAUUGCAGCUCGCACGAGGAGAUCCACUUCACUGUGAAGGUUUCGGAAGAGCGCCUCGAGAGGCCGGAGCGAGAAGGCCUCGAGAAAUACUUCAAGCUCAAGACGUCUCUCAGCACCACCAACUUGACGCUCUUUGACCCCCACGGCAGGGUGCAACGCUACGCCAACGAGCUCGAGAUCAUCAAAGAAUUCGCCCCCAUUCGACUUGAUUUCUACCACAGAAGAAAGGCGUACUGCUUAGCGAUGCUCGAGAAGUCGCGGAGGAUCCUGAGCAAUCGUCUGAGAUUCAUUCUCGCAGUUGUCAACGGCCAGCUCAUCAUCAACAACAAACGGAAGAAAGUUCUCGUCGAGGAACUGUUCUCUCAGGGCUAUGAUCCCAUGAAGGAGAUCGAAGACGCCGCCAACGCCGGCAUUCGAGCAGCUCUCAAACGAGACAUCGCUGUGGACGACGAAGCUUUGGCGGAAGGCGGCGAGGAGGAAGAAGAGAUCGUUGCAGGGUGCACUGCGAAGCACUACGACUAUCUCCUGGGAAUGCCCAUGUGGAGUCUGACGCUGGAAAAAGUGGAGGAUUUGCGCGGGGAAAUGCGCGAGAAAGAACUUGAGUUGGAGGAGUUGAAGCGAACGUCUGUACAGACACUCUGGAAGCGCGACCUCGACGCUCUCGUCGCUGCCCUAGACAAGCAGGACGAAAUCGACGAGAUGCUCCUGCAGGAAGGCCGCAGGUUCCAGAAGAAAGCUCGCGCAGGCCAGGCGUUGCUCCAGGCCAAGAAGAAGCUCAAAGCCGCGCCUCAGAAAGGCAAACCGGCAGCGAAGAAGAAACACAGCACGUCCAGCGAGGAAAGCAUCUCUUCGGAGUCUUCUGAAGAAGAGAGCGAUAUCGACGAAAGCGACGAAGAAAGCUACACGCCGGCGAAGAAGCCGAAAAGCAAAGGCACUCUGCCGAGUGCGCGGCCUGCUAGCGCUGGCGCUCUCAGCUGUACAAACACCCCAGCGUCCUCGGACCGCCGCCGCGCCGUCCCGACCGCCUCGACCCCCGUCCAGAACAAAAACAGUCAGGACGAGAAAGAAACGAAGAAGAAAGAAGACGCCGCCGCAGCGGCGAACGGCACGAACGUCAGUGCGCCCUUGGAGAGCGCCGAGGGAGAUAACGGAGCGAGCGUUGCUGAUCGCUCGAAAACUUCUCUUCCUUCACCGACUAUCACGAAGCCUCUGUCGCUCCUCGAACGGCUGAAGAUGGGUUCUUCGACGAGUAGCAUCUUGAACGCGUCUUCCUCGCAAAAGAAGCAAAUGACUCUGGAAGAGAUCUUCGGGUCGCGAAUCGCGAACAAACCGACAACUGAGAAAAAGAAGGACACAGAAACAGACGAGAAAAACGGCGGAGAGGCUGCAGCGCCGGACUCGCCCGCGGAAGGCUCUGCGAGGGUCGCCGCCCGCUCGGAAACGUCUCUCUUUCUCCUCUCUGACGAGGAGACCACAAAACGGCCUGUCUCUUCUUCCUCUUCUUUGGGGGGAAAUGAGAGGAGCCGCGUGGCUAGUCAGGGGAGCCAGGGCAUUCAGAAGAGACGAAAGUCGAAGGUGCUUGUUCUCUCUUCCGAAGACGAAAGCGACGAGGAAGUGGAGACGAAAUCCAAGAAGCGGAAGGCCGAGGCUUCGCUGGAGUCGACGCCGAAAACGAAGGCGAACAAGGCUCGGAGACAGUCAACGCCGAAGAAGAAAGCGAGCAGUGACGAAGAUGAAGAAAGUCCAGAUCGCGACAGCGUCGAGCCUUCGCCCCGUUCAAGUCGCCCCCAACGGCGGGCAGCGGCCUCCCCAAAAAAGUACAAAAUUUCUGAUUCGGAAGAAGACGAUGAGAGUGCAGAGAGUUCGUUCGCGAGCGACGGCGACGAAGAGUAG